AUGAAGAACAAGCAGCAUCAAAACCCUCCACCCUGUUUUCUCAAACACUUUGUGAAUGCACAAAUACAAAUCAACAAGAUCAUCACCGUUUUCCUUAUCUUCGUCUCCGGCCUUGCCCUCGGAAUCACCCUAAGCUUCUACAUCAAAGACACCCCUCUUCACAUCUACACCGCAUUAGCGCAAGCCAAAACCAGUUUAGAUUCCACCGUAUACAAAUUAGUCCCUGUAGAUAAUUCUCCCCCACCACCACCCUCACCUGUUAAUGAAACCAAAAUCGCCACCGUUCCCCUCGCUUCACCGCCGCCUCGCCAUCCAUCUCCUCCCCAGCCGUCUCCUCCACCGCCGUCCAAAGCUGCUUACGUAAAGCCAAGUGCCAUGCAUGAUAUGGAAGAUUCUGAGUUAUUGUGGAGAGCUUCGAUGGUGCCGAAAAGAAGUGGGGCAUAUCCAUUCAAAAACGACACCAAGCCAAAAGUUGCCUUCAUGUUUUUGACAAGAGGAGAUUUGGCUCUGGCUCCUUUAUGGGAACGUUUCUUCAAAGGACAUGAAGGGUUGUACUCUAUCUACAUUCAUGCCAAUCCAGACUCAGGCGAGCCAAUGCCGGAAAAUUCUGUCUUUCACGGCAGAAGAGUCCCUAGUAAGAAUGUGACUUGGGGCGAGCCAAACAUGGUGCAAGCAGAGCGGCGCCUGUUAGCCAAUGCACUACUGGACUUAACCAACCAACGUUUUAUUCUUCUCUCCGAGUCGUGCAUACCGCUCUUCAACUUCAAAACGGUCUAUAAUUACGUUAUGGACUCAACCCAAACAUUUGUGGAGGCCUACGACUUGCCCGGUGCCGUCGGUCGAGACCGAUACAGGAAAAAAAUGAGCCCGACAAUCAAGCUUGAGCAAUGGCGGAAGGGGUCGCAGUGGUUCGAGGUCGACCGCCAGUUGGCGCUGGGGGUGGUUUCAGACACUAGCUAUUUUCCGUUGUUUGAGAAGUAUUGCGUCCCUUCGUGCUACUCCGACGAGCACUACUUGCCUACUUAUGUGAGCAUUAGGUUUUGGAAGAAAAACUCUAACCGGACUUUGCAUUGGGUCGACUGGUCGAGAGGAGGGCCACAUCCGUCGAGGUAUCAGAGGACGGAUGUGACUUAUGAGUUCUUGAACAAGAUGAGAUUUGGAACAACAUGCGAGUACAAUGGGAAGAGCACCAAUAUGUGCCAUAUGUUCGCGAGGAAGUUCAUGCCAAACACAUUAGAUAGGCUGUUGAGGUUUGCUCCAAAGCUCAUGCAGUUCAAUUGAUUUUUGUGGAGUUACAUUCUUUAUUCUCCUAGUGUUUGAUCAUUCAUUUAUCUGUAAACACCAAUCCAUUUAAGUUGAUGGCUGGUUAAACCAUCAGUUUUGAGGGGGGUUUUUUUUCAUU